AUGAUGACUCCCAUGGUGCAUCUGUGUCUUCUGGCACUCCUGCUCCACUCUGCUGCUGGGUCUGGCCUUGAUGGUAAGAAGGUCCCUUUCGAGAAUCUAAUGCUGGACGUGCGAGAGGGUACACCUGUCCCACAUGUCCUCUGUCAGUUCCAGGUGAACCAACCAGGCGUGAACGCAUUCAGGCUGAAUGGAGAAGGAAGCGAUGUGGUCAAGAUCUCUGCUGACGGUUGGCUAUACUUGGACAAACCUCUAGACUGGUCGCUUAAUGACAACUACAUUAUCGCGGUGGAGGCGUUAGUGGACGACGAGGUCAUGGAAGGGCCGAUUUUCGUAACCAUCAAUGUGUUGGACGUCAACAAUCACGCGCCAUACUUCAAUCAGAGUUACUACACUGCCUUGGUUCGAGAGAACACGCCAGCAGGUGUCCCGUUCACUCGAGUAUUUGCGUUGGAUCAAGACAACCCAGCAACUCCCAAUGCUCAACUGACAUACAGCCUAGUCAGCCAGAUCCCCAACAGACAGCACACUCUGCUCUUCCAGGUGGAUCCAAACAACGGAGAAAUCUCCACAACUGAGCAAGGAGAGCAGUUGCUCAAUGCCAGACAGACAAUCCAGUUUGCCAUUGGAGAAGACAGAAGUGUCGACGCACUCAAGGAGAAGUUUAAUCACUACUGUCCCUCUCCAAACAUUCCUUAUGAACAAAAUCCCUUCUUCACCUGUGUGGAAAGAGCAGAGAUGAGACGCAUUAACCUGGACCCCUUGGAGGACCCAGACUACACCUUAAUCGUGAAGGUCCACGAUAUGGGUGGAGAGUCUGACAUGGCACUGAGCGGCAACACUAGGGUGCAUAUUGCGGUGCAGCCCAACUUGUGGGUCAACCCGGGCCCGAUCACCAUUCAAGAGCACCUGGAAGGAUCCUACCCACAAGUCAUAGCCAAGGUCCAGUCCAAUGAGCCUAGCGCCGUCUACAGGCUUGUGCAGAAAGAACGAGAGCUGAGGUUCCCCUUCCAGAUCAACGAAGAUGGAGAAAUCUUGCUUACCGAGGAGUUGGACAGGGAGGAGAAGGGCAUGUACAUCCUGGUGGUGAUGGCCGAGGAUGAAUAUCAGAACCAGGUGGAUCCCCCCUUGGAGAUCCAGAUUGUGGUGGAGGACGUGAACGACAAUGCGCCCGUAUGUGAGGAAGAGGAGAGUGUGUUUGAGUUGCAGGAGGAUGAACCACCAAGCAGUCUGGUCGGACAUCUGUUGGCCCACGAUGCUGACGAAGAGGGGACACUGAACGCACUGCUGACCUACACCAUCAUGUCCCAACAGCCGUCUACUUCACCAGAUGCCUUCACCGUCGACGCCACUGGUCGGAUCCAGGCAUUGCGCUCGCUGCAGCGCCGAGACCAUCAGAUGUACACACUGGACAUCAGAGUCAGCGAUCCAGUUUACAGUGCAAUCUGUAGGGUCGUGGUCAAGGUCAUCGAUGUAAACAACGAGCUGCCUGUUUUUGAGAAGAAUGAUUACGGCAGCUACACCCUGGCCGAAGAUGCCACUGUGGGCCAAACCGUGCUAAGCAUCAGCGCAUCAGACGACGACGACCCAGAUAGCGGCAGCUCCUUUAUUGAGUUCCACAUCUCAGCCGGCAACGACGAUGAUGUUUUUGCCGUGGAAACGGACGGGAAAGGCAUCGGCCACGUGGUCAUCGCUAAGCCUCUGGACUUUGAGACCUCAACCUCGUAUAAAUUGAAGAUCGAUGCCCGUAACCCGGAGCCUUUAAUGACCGGCCUAGAGUACGGUGUCGAAUCCACCACCUUCGCCUCUGUAACCGUCACUGACGUCGACGAGGUGCCAGAAUUCAGCAUGGAUGUCCUUGAUGUGGCUGUGCCUGAAAACAUCACGAAGGGAUCCGUGCUAAUCCACGUGGAGGCCAAGGACCCCGAGGGCAAAGAGAUACGUUUUAGGAUGGAGGGCGACACCAAAGGCUGGCUGGAGAUGGAUGCCACCACAGGAAAAAUCAUGACCAAAGAAAAAUUGGACAGAGAGACUCUGGAGACCUUCGAAGUCACCGUCACCGCCUAUGAAAAAGAUAAACCUGAGAAUUUCGCCGAACGCGUGGUGUCGGUGAGGCUGCUGGAUGUGAACGACAACAUCCCGAAACUGAAGGAGACGUACGCCUUCAUGUGUCUGAAGAAGCUAGAGGCGGUGAUCAUCAAGGCAGAAGACGCUGACAGCGCCCCAUUCUCGCAACCCUUCACCUUCACUUUAGCAUUUGCGAAGAAAUCCCACAACUGGGAUCUUCAGACUAUUGACGGCAACACAGCAAAACUGAGUCUGAAGAAAACACCGACUGAAGAAAAAACCUUCUCCCUGCCCAUCAACAUUAAAGACAAUGCAGGGAUGGGAGUCACACAGCCCCUUCAGGUACAAGUGUGCACGUGCACAGAGUUGGGCUACUGCUACAUGGCACCGGCCGAGCACAGUUACAAAUACGGAAUGGGACCAACCAUCGGUAUCCUUGUAGGCGUUCUGGCAUUCUGUGCUCUGAUCUUGAUUAUCGCGGCCAAACGGUCAACCAAAGGUAAGAAGAACAACGAAGAGGUGGAGACGAACGCUUUAAUGUAG